AUGCCACAGCCUUUAAAGAAGAAACAAAAAGCACGUGCAUCAGCCACCAAGUCAAAAUUUACAUCGUGCUCUGAGUUCCCUCUCAGGGUGACCAGGAAUAUAUUUCGAAGUCCUGUUACUAAAGUCACAUCCCAUCCAGGAAAUAAGGUCAGGUACAGAAAAGGGGAGGAAAACUUGGAGAAGAUCCAGCAAGUGUGUGCAUACAAGCGGUUGCAAGAGUUCCAGGCCUGCAGCAGUUCCGGAGAGCCACUGAAUACUUUGGAUUUUGCAAAUGUAUUAAGGACAAGAGAACAACAGAUAACUUACAAGGACAUCAGGAAACAGAUCCAGAGAGUGAAGAAAGCAAGAGAAAGGCUGAUGGAUGCCCUGAGAGCAGACACGCUGGCCAGGGAGACACAAGCGCUCCAGGUCCUCCCUGAUAUUCAUCUGAUAUUUGCGGGCAAACAGCUAGAGGAUGGCCGUGCACUCUCAGACUACAACAUCCAGAAAAAGUCCACCCUCCAUCAGGUGCUGCGUCUGCAUGGUGGCGUUAUCGAGCCUUCCUUGUGCCGGCUCGCCCAGAAGUUUAACUGA